UUUAUUUAGAGUAUUGUACGUUCCCAACCCUGGUUAAAAAUACAAACAAACAACACACAACAUGGUCGAUUCAGAAUUACAAGAGAAAAAUUCUACUUUUUUAUUUAAAAAGAGAAAAUCUAAAAAUUUAUCUGUUCGUAAACGAAAAGGCACUGAUUCCGAAAAUGGAAGCAGUGAAGAUGACACAACAAUUGUUAAAAAGGAGAAAAAAAUCGAUUCAAAGAAUCCCUUGAGACAAAGUACAAUGAAAUAUCGAAAACAGAAAAAAUCAGUUGAUUCUUCCGAAAGUGAGGAAGAAAAAAGUGUUUCAGUUUCAUAUAAAAGUCUUGCGACACCAAUGCCAGUUGGACCUCAAGAUCAAGGAGCAACUGCAACACUUGAAAUUGAAACUGAAGUUGAUAAAGAUGCUCAGGCUAUUUUUGAAAAGGCUCAAAAAAUAAACAAGGAGCUCGAAGGUAAAGAAGACGAUAAAAUAUACAGAGGAAUAAAUAAUUAUGCUCAGUAUUUCAAAAAGAAGGACUCAGCUGCGGGUAAUGCAUCAAGUGGAAUGGUUCGAAAAGGACCAAUUCGAGCACCAGCAAAUUUAAGAGCAACAGUUCGAUGGGAUUAUCAGCCAGAUAUUUGCAAGGACUAUAAAGAAACUGGAUUCUGUGGUUUUGGAGAUAGUUGUAAAUUUCUUCACGAUCGAUCAGAUUAUAAAUUGGGUUGGCAAUUGGAACGUGAAGCAGCGGCGGGUAAUAAAAAUGACAGUGACAAUGAUGACGAUGAUGGAAAAUAUGAAAUUGACAGCGACGAAGAAACUUUACCGUUUAAAUGUUUCAUUUGUCGGAAUAGUUUUAGUAGACCCGUUGUCACUAAAUGUAAACAUUAUUUUUGUGAGGUUUGUGCCUUGGAACAUUAUAAAAAAAGUAAAAGAUGUUUUAUAUGUAAUGUUCCCACGAAUGGUGUAUUUAAUCCAGCAAAGGAAUUAAUGGAUAAAAUGGAACUCGAUUCAGAUGAAGAUGAUACAAAGGAGGAAAAAAGUGAUAAUGAAUUGGAAAAUUCUGAUGAAGCCGACAGCGAAGAAGCGGCGAAGAAAAAACUUUCUCAAUGGCAACCAAUAGUUUCGUAAUUAAAGUAAAAGAAAAUUAUUUUACUAAAUUAAUUAAUUUUUCGAAAUAUUUUACAUUAAUUUUUUUUUUAAAUCUAAAAAAUUGAUAUUUUUUAAUUUUUAAAAAAAUUCCCUAUGUAUAUAUAUUUUUUUUCUGGUUUUCUCUUUGAUUUUCUUGAUUUUUUUUCCUUAGUAUGAUUUAGAAAAUUAAAAGUUCAAAUUUUAGAACUUUUCUUUUUUUUUGUUUUUUCGUUCGAUUAUUUGAAUUUUCACUAUUAAUUAUUUAUUUAAUUAUAAUUUAUUUCAUUGAAAAGUCAAUAAAAUAAAAUAAUUGAAUCAAGAAACCUGUGAGAAGCCAAACAAGUGUUUAUAAUUUUAUUUUACAUAUAUAUGAAUUAUGCAAACUUUAUUUUUGAUCUCGAUAGAAAAAAAAUAUUCGAUAUUUGUCUCAAGUUUU